AUUUGGCCUGUUCCCAGUCAGCAUAUGGGCUGGGCUUGGUCAUACAGGGGUGGAGUUGCGGCGCGGGCAAACGAGUGAGCAUAAUAAUCAUUAUUAGUUAAUUCAUCCUGGAGAGGGGGUAGCGCUUCGUGCCGCGCCUUGUCUGUGUUUCAGCAUCCCCAUUUUUAUUUUUAUUUUUCUCAUGCAAAUUCCGCUCUUCGGACCUUCUUCGUUUCCUUUGAAUCUCUUUUGGUUUUCAGUUUUUCAGUUUUUGCGUGCAGUUUAGGCUUGCAUUGAUUGUAGUUUAACAUUUGUUGGAUGAUACACUACAAGGCCUUGCCGAGAUUAAAUCACUCAGCUCUGUCUUUCUUGCCGCCUCCUUUAGAUUUAAUUCGAAAACACCGACUUUGAAUUUGUCGACAUUUUAUUUAUUUUCUUUGUGCCAUUAAAGUUCUGUUGAAUUGUGCAACUCCGAACCACAUAGUCCGAUUUCUGUCCCUGCGCCCUUCUUCCUUGGUCGUGAAUUGUUACUUCGUUCCGUGAUUUUACUGGGCGAGUUUGAGUAACUCGACAACGCGCUAUAGCACACGCGCACACCUUCCAACUUCCCGCUCUUAUAUUAUCAAAGUCGCCUCCUAUCGAAAACACUAAAAAGCACCGUUGUAGAGUUAGGCUUUUGCCCUCCAAUCUCCUAGCUUCUGUGCCAUUUUGUCAAAGAGGCUAGAAGGAUAGUUAUGGACUGUUUUGGGGGUCUAGUACCAUGGAUCAAGUCCAUCCAUCGACGACGGCAAAGUACCUCAAAGCGGUUGGUGAUUGUGAGUAUUCACAGCGCGCAGUGGUCAGUUUAGUUUCAUGCUUAUAUUCGUUGUCUCCGUCUCAGGGUCCUCCAACAGAUUUUCGGCGGGUAGAAUUCACGAUGCCCCAUUAUGAUAAGGAAGACGCUUUGUCGGACGAAACUCCCAGUGACUCCAGCGCCCUUUAUCGUGUUUCGAAGCGAGAAAAGCUUUACCACGAAGCCAAGAUGUUGAAGGAAAAGCUAACCGAAAAUACGGAUGUGGUCCGGUUGAGACUGCUGCGGCAGAGCAUAUAAACUAUUGUUGCCGUUGACGAGAACCUACGAAUAUAGGAUUUUUUAUCCAGGUGAAGAUUUGGGUCCAUGGUUGGACCAACGACAUUUGAUACAUAUUUCCAUGUAUCAUGACUUUUCGAGGACGAACUAUGAAAAUAAGUUACGAACAGGUCCUGGAUACGACGUUUAUGAAAUAUUUUCAUUUUGAGCAGAGGAAUAUACCUUUUCUUUCUUGCGCGCCUCAGAAUAAGAAUGUCGGGACUUCAUUGAGGCGGGAUUUUUUGGAUUUUCCAUCUUUUUCAUGGCGUUUAUAUGGCGAGGUUUCCGAUAGUGAUAGUUUGCGAACUUGGGAUUUGUU